AUGGCUGACAAGAAGGUAUUCCUGGUUUCUGGAGCUCGCACACCGAUCGCCUCAUUUCGUGGAUCGUUCGCGAAUGUGAGCGCCGUCGAGCUUGGAGCGAUUGCGGCGAAAGCGGCGAUUGAGAGAUCGGGCGUUGCACCAUCACAAAUCGAAGAGACCAUUGGCGGCAACGUUUUGUCGGCGAAUCAGGGGCAAAAUAUAACGCGCCAAAUUGCUUUGACGGCUGGACUCCCGGUGACGUCUCAAGCUUUUACCAUUAACAAGGUUUGCUCAUCAUCGAUGAAGGCGUUGAUCACGGCGGCGAUUGAAAUCAAAUCCGGCUAUCGGAGUCGAGUUCUCGUCGUUGGCGCUGAAAAUAUGAGUCAAACGCCGUUCUACGUGCAACGCGGCGAAAUUCCGUACGGUGGUCUGAAAAUGAUUGAUGGUGUUGUGAAGGAUGGAUUAGAGGACGCCAAGUCGAGGCAGCCGAUGGGAUUGUGCGCGGAGAAAACGGUUCAGGAUUACGGAAUUACGCGAGAGCAACAAGAUGUCUAUGCUAUUGAGAGUUAUAAGAAGGUUGCGAAUGCUUGGAAGAGCGGUCAAUUUGCUCAAGAAGUUGUACCAGUUACUGUCAAGGGUCCGAAAUCCGAGACGGUUGUUGCUGAAGAUGAAGAGUACAAGAAGUUGAUUGAAUCCAAGGUGGCCACACUUCGGCCAGUUUUUAUUAAGGAUGGAAGUGGAACGAUCACGGCUGCGAACGCCUCGUCGUUGAAUGAUGGAGCGGUGGCGGCGGUGGUUGUUGGACAAGACGCCCUGCCGAAUGGAAUUCAGCCGCUCGCUGAAAUUGUGGCGUUUUCUGAAGCCGGACGCGAGCCGGUUGAUUUUACGGUGGCGCCGGUCAACGCGGUUCGAGACCUUCUUGCCAAAACUGGACUCGCCAUUUCGGAUAUCGCGUUGUGGGAAUUGAACGAGGCGUUCUCGGUGACGGUGCUCGCGUUCAUCAAAGAUCUCGGCAUUGAUCCAAGUGUUAUUAAUGUGAAGGGAGGCGCUGUUGCAAUUGGACAUCCAUUGGGAAUGUCCGGUCUCCGAAUCGUCAACUCUCUCGCGUUUUCCCUUUCUUCCGGACAAUACGGAAUUGCUACGAUUUGCAAUGGUGGCGGCGAAGCCAAUGCUGUCCUCAUUCGUAAAAUUUAA